GGUCCUUGUGUUUCCCGCUCCAGGCGCCGGGCGGGGUCGUUUUCGGGUUCCUGAAGGUUGGUUGUUCUCGCUGUUCCAGCGUCGGAAGAGCCUUGUGGGUACGCUGGUUUGAAUUUCUUGUCCUGGAAGCUGUGCGUCACUACCAUGAGGCUUGUAAUUCUUGAAAAUUAUGACUUGGCUAGUGAAUGGGCAGCCAAAUACAUCUGUAAUCGGAUCAUUCAGUUCAAACCUGGGCAGGACAGAUACUUUACACUGGGUUUACCAACAGGGAGUACACCUUUAGGAUGCUAUAAAAAACUAAUAGAAUAUCACAAGAAUGGAGAUCUUUCUUUUAAAUAUGUGAAGACCUUUAACAUGGAUGAAUAUGUAGGACUUCCAAGAAACCAUCCUGAAAGCUACCAUUCAUACAUGUGGAAUAACUUUUUUAAGCAUAUUGAUAUCGAUCCUAAUAAUGCUCAUAUCCUUGAUGGGAAUGCUACGGAUUUACAAGCAGAAUGUGAUGCAUUUGAAAUGAAAAUUAAAGAAGCUGGAGGAAUAGAUCUUUUUGUUGGAGGAAUUGGUCCAGAUGGUCAUAUUGCUUUCAAUGAGCCAGGAUCCAGUUUAGUAUCAAGGACAAGAUUAAAGACUUUAGCAAUGGAUACUAUUUUGGCAAAUGCUAAAUAUUUUGAUGGAGAUUUAUCAAAAGUGCCAACUAUGGCUCUAACUGUUGGUGUGGGGACAGUGAUGGAUGCUAGAGAAGUAAUGAUCCUCAUAACAGGCGCACACAAGGCAUUUGCCCUGUACAAAGCAAUAGAAGAAGGAGUCAAUCAUAUGUGGACUGUUUCAGCUUUUCAGCAACAUCCUCGAACUAUUUUUGUAUGUGAUGAAGAUGCCACAUUAGAAUUAAGAGUUAAAACUGUGAAAUACUUUAAAGGUCUAAUGCAUGUGCACAAUAAACUUGUGGAUCCACUAUACAGUAUGAAAGAAGGAAAUUGAAGGAGAUUGAAGCAAAAGUCUGCUUGAAUGAACAGAACACUUUAAGUAGUAGAUGAAUUUUCAGCUAUGCAAUAUGAUAAAGCAUGGGGAAUUCAGAAAAUUGCCUUUUUAAAUAAGUCCAACACAACACGUAUGUUAAACAUUCCAUAUUUAGAAUUAGUGUCUGUUUUACACUAGGGUUUAGGAGUAGUUGGCUUACAGAAUUGAUUGAUAAUUAUGAAGUACUACUGAAGCCACAUAACCACCUAUAAAACAGCAUAAAAAUGAAAUGUCUGCCUGUUUAAAAUCAUUUUAAAGGUAAAGAUGUGCACAUAAGAUACCAAUUGUGACAGGACUCCAGUGGCAAUCACAGAUUUUUAAUUACAAGAUUACACUCCAAGCCUUUCAAGUAUCAACCAUCACCACAAAUCUUUCCUUUUGGAAUGCUAUCCUUGUAUUUCCUGUGCAUUAUAUACAAGCUUUUCUGCACGUGGUUGCCUUACACAUCUUCCUGCAGUAGCAUUUGGACAUCAACCGUCCUCCUGUUAUUUGUAAAGGAAAUAAGAAGAGAUGACAGUGCCUAAAAGUACAGUUUACAUCCUUUUUGAACAUAUGUGUAAGUGCAUGUCUUUGUGCACCUUCUUCUAUAGCACUUUUUUAUAAAUAUGCUGUUAUUUUUAUUUAAUGGCUUGGGUUCAUGCCCUUUAAGAAUCUUGGCAGUUAAGAGCUUUAUACCUAGAUAGCAACAUAUGUAAGAAAACUCUUUUAAAAAGACUAUUUUCUGAUUAUUGUUAUACUUCAUAAAUGAUUAGCUUUAUUUCUUAUAUAUAUAUAUGUAUCAAAUGUCUAAAAGGAUAAUAUGAAAAAAUUGUAAACUAUUUUAGAUUACCAUAACUUGCAUAAUUAAAUUGCAAAUAAAAUUAUAUUGUUUUCUAUCUUUAUCUCAAAUAAAGCUUAUAGUAAGCAAAUAAGUUAUCUAAAUUUUAUUUCCAGAAGUGAAAUUAACACUUGCAUUUGAAAGAAUUCAAAAAUUAGUACCUAUGAGCCUGCAUUUACUUGUGGUUUGCCAUUAGGAACAGUAUCUCUGCCUGUCAUUUGUCAGUGUUAAUUCUAUGGCAAGUAAAAGCAAUGCACUCUUGCCUUUGCAUUUUUUUAUUUUGUAUUUAUAAGCCUGCCUGGUAAAA